GCUUCCUCUUCCACUGGCUGUUUUUUUCUACGGGAGUCCAAGAUGGCGUCGAGCGGAGGAGAUGGGGAGCACGAAUGGACAGCAGCAGUGCGGCCGCUUCUGUCGGCGUCGUACACCGCGUUUGAAACUAAAGAGCUACCUCAGCUUGUUGGGUCUAUAAUCAACAGUGAAUCUGACAUUCUUCACCAUGACAAACAGUAUGAGCCUUUCUACUCAUCGUUCGUGGCACUCUCUGCACAUUACAUCACCACAGUAUGUGGACAAAUACCGAGAAAUCAGUUGCUGUCGGUUGCUGCGGCGUGCAAAGUAUUGAUUGAGUUCUCAUUGCUGCGCUUGGAGAACCCAGAUGAAGCAUGUGCCGUAUCACAGAAACACCUGAUUCUUCUUAUAAAAGGACUUUGCACUGGCUGCAGCAGACUAGAUCGCACAGAAAUCAUUACUUUCACUGCUAUGAUGAAGUCUGCCAAGUUGCCUCAAACUGUCAAGACCCUUUCAGAUGUGGAAGAUCAGAAGGAGUUGCCCAGUGCUGUCAAUCCAGAGCUUCGACACAAAGAAGUGCAAAUGAACUUCUUCAAUCAACUGACUUCAGUUUUUAACCCUGACCUUACGACCAUCUUGGCCUCUCCAUCAGCAGCUCAAAUGCAGGCUGAGAGUGAUUGUGAAGACCAAACCACAGAUCAAGCUCUUCAGGCCAAAAUGAAAAAUGCCUUUGUCUCUCAGAAUGUGUCAAGCUUACAGGAACUUGGUGGGUCCGAGAAGUUGUUGCGGGUGUGCCUCAACCUACCCUACUUUCUCCGCUACAUCAACCGUUUCCAAGACGCUGUAUCAGCCAACUCUUUCUUUAUCAUGCCUGCCACAGUGGCUGAUGCCACUGCUGUCCGCAAUGGAUUUCAUUCAUUGGUGAUCGACGUGACCAUGGCUUUGGAUACACUCUCCCUGCCUGUACUGGAGCCCCUGACACCAGGGAGAUUGAUGGAUAUGACCGUGCUGGCUUUGAGCUGUCUCUAUGCUGGUGUGAGUGUGGCUACUUGCAUGGCCAUUCUGCAGGUAGGAAGUGGCUUGCAGCUUCGAUCUGCCUCCACUGGGACUAAAGAGGAGGACUAUGAAAAUGAUGCAGCAACAAUUGUCCAGAAAUGUCUGGAGAUUUAUGAAAUGAUUGGACAAGCUAUCAGCAACUCCCGCAGAGCUGGAGGAGAGCACUAUCAGAACUUCCAGCUGCUUGGAGCCUGGUGCCUUUUAAACAGCCUGUACCUGAUUCUUAACCUGAGCCCGACUGCUCUGGCUGAUAAAGGGAAGGAGAAAGAUCCUCUGGCUGCCCUGCGUGUCCGGGAUAUUGCUGCUCGCACCAAGGAUGGCGCGGGAUCGCCUAAACUUGGUCCCGGCAAAGGACACCAAGGGUUUGGAGUUCUGUCCGUUAUCCUGGCCAAUCACGCCAUCAAACUUUUGACAUCGCUUUUCCAGGACCUGCAAGUUGAGGCUCUCCACCGGGGUUGGGCAAGUGACGGGCCACCAGCUGAGCUCAACAUCAUGGCACAGAGCACUUCCAUCCAGAGAGUCCAAAGGCUCAUUGACUCUGUGCCCCUGACCAAUCUACUCUUCACCCUUCUUUCCACUUCAUACAAAAAGGCCUGUGUUCUCCAGCGACAGAGGAAGGGUUCAGUCAGCAGCGAUGCCAGCGCCUCCACAGAUUCAAACACCUACUAUGAGGAUGAUUUCAGCAGUACAGAGGAGGAUAGCAGUCAAGAUGAUGACAGUGAACCCAUCUUGGGACUUUGGUUUGAAGAGACAAUUUCCCCCACCAAAGACAAAGUAGCUCCCCCACCACCGCCACCACCCCCACCACUGGAGAUCUCUCCCAGACUGAAGAGCCCCAGCAAGCAGAAUCCCAGUGAGAACGGCAACAUUUUAGCUGGCCGUAAAGACCCAGAACUGUUCCUCAGUUUGGCCUCCAGCAUUUUGAACUUCAUCACCACCUCGAUGCUCAAGUCCAGAAACAACUUCAUCCGCAACUACCUGAGCGUCUCUCUUACAGAGCAGCACAUGGCUACACUAGCCAGUAUCAUCAAAGACGUGGACAAAGAUGUAAAAGGCUCCUCAGAUGAAGUGUUUUCUUUAGCACUGUAUCACUUCAACCACACUCUGGUGACAUCAGAUCUUCCAUCCCCUGCCUUGCAGAGCACUCUUCUCCAGCAGUUAGGUGUUGCACCCUUUUCAGAGGGUCCCUGGCCUCUGUACAUUCAUCCACAAUCAUUAUCAGUCCUCUCUAGACUUCUCCUCAUAUGGCAGCACAAAGCUAGUUUGCAAGGGGAACCAGAUGUGCCUGAGUGUAUGAAAGUCUGGGAAAGGUUUUUGGGAACAUUGAAGCAACACACCAUCCAGGGUUCAGUUCAUGGUGAAGAUGACCUUAAUGUGGAGCACCUCCAGCUCCUACUGCUCCUUUUCCAUAAUCUGUCAGAGCGCGGGCGAUGGUCAGUCCUCACCCAGGUCACCCAGGCCAUCACUGAAGUGGCACAGAGCAGAGACUCUCAACUAAAGGCUGUGCCCCUCAACCUGGCGCGCCUGCUGCUGGUUUUUGACUACCUGCUGCGCCACUACUCCAAGGCUCCUGUGUACCUUUUCGAACAGGUGCAGUACAACCUCCUCACCCCACCAUCCACUGGGCCAAGUUCUGUUCAGGAUGGCAAACGCAGCAGUCUCCCACUUUACUAUGGGUUCAAAGAGGUGGAGGAGAACUGGGCUAAACAUUGUUCAGCAGAUUCAAAUGUUCAGCCCAAAUUCUACUGCGUUCUGUCCCCUGAGGCGUCUGAAGAUGAUAUCAGCAGACUAGAUGGCAAGGAACACUUGGUGAAGCAGGGAAUGAAAGCAGACCAAGCAGCCUCACUAGUUGAGAUGACAUCUGCUAAGUGCAAUGCCGUUAAAUAUGAUGUGGAGCUAGCAGAAGAGUACAUUGCCAGACAGAUUUCCACUUUCUCCAGUGUAGACCCAAACUCCAUUCUUCCACUUCAUCAGUUACCCUCUCUACAAGCCAUCUAUACACUGGACGCAGUCAUCUCUAAAGUCCAGGUUUCCUUAGAUGAACAUAUGUCAAAGGUUGCCGUUGAAGCAGAUACCAACAAGUCUUCUGAGAUCACAAAGAACCUGUUGCCUGCCACGCUACAGCUCACUGACGUAUACACAGCCUUCACAAGGUCUUACCUGCUGAUGAACAUCCCAGAAGAGGGAGAAAACAAGCUGACAGAUGCCAAGCUCCAAGGUUAUGCUGCAGUUCUGUCUAUUGGCUCUACUCGCUGCAAAGCCAACGUGCUGGGUCAUAGCAUUAUGCAGAACUUGCCAUCGGCAGUGCAGACAAUAUGUGAGACUUGGAACAGCAUCCACACCAAUGAAUUCCCCAACAUUGGCUCAUGGCGAAAUGCAUUUGCCAAUGAUACCAUUCCAUCAGAGAGUUACAUCAGUGCUAUCCAAGCAGCUCACCUGGGCACACUGAGUUGUCAGUCCUUGCCUCUGGCCUCUUCUCUUAAACACAUCUUACUUUCGCUGGUUCGCCUCACUGGGGAUCUCAUUGUCACAGAGGAGCUGAAUCCAACACAGGCUGUGCGCAGUCUGCUGCCCCUCCUCCUGGAGAGCAGCACAGAGAGUGUGGCUGAGAUUAGUAGCACAUCACUGGAGCGUAUCCUCGGCCCAUCAGAGUCAGAUGCGUUUUUAGCUCGCAUCUAUGAGCGCUUGGUGACUGGGUGCUACAACAUCAUUGCCAUUCACUCAGACCCGAACAGUGGUUUGGAUGAGUCUGUUCUAGAGGAGUGCCUUCAGUAUCUUGAAAAACAGCUUGAGAGCAGUCAAGUCCGCAAGGCCAUGGAAGAGUUCUUUUCAUUCAGAGGUGAGCUUGUGCAGAUUAUGAUGGCAACAGCCAAUGAAAACCUGUCAGCGAAGUUCUGCAACAGGGUGCUAAAGUUCUUCACCAAGCUUUUCCAACUCACGGAGAAAAGCCCAAACCCCAGCCUGUUGUGUCUGUGUGGCUCUCUGGCCCAGCUGGCCUGUGUGGAGCCCUCUCGUCUGCAGUCCUGGCUGACACGCAUGACGGCUACACCACCAAAGGACUCAGAGCAACUGGAAAUAGUGCAGGAAAACCGACAGCUUUUGCAGCUGCUCACCACUUAUAUUGUACGUGACAACAGCCAGGUGGGAGAGGGAGUGUGCACGGUCCUCCUCAGCACGCUCAUUCCAAUGGCAACAGACAUGCUGGCCCAUGGAGAUGGUACAGGCUUUCCCGAGCUCAUGGUCAUAAUGGCCACACUUGCCAGUGCUGGACAGGGGGCCGGUCACCUGCAACUACACAGGGCAGCUAUCGACUGGCUGACCAGAUGCAAAAAGUAUUUGACACAGAAGAAUGUGGUGGAAAAAGUCAGCACAAAUGUGUCCCAAGGAAAGCACGCAAGCAUGCUGGAAUGCUCAUGCCAUAUCAUCUCCUAUCUGGCUGAUGUGAUGAAUGCCUUGCGCCAGAGCAGUGGACAAGGCACCUCAGCACUGCUGAUGGAGGGAGAAGAGAAGGCCAUGGAAGUGGACUCAGACUGGGUGGAGGAGCUUGCAGUAGAAGAGGAUGAUUCCCAGGCAGAGGACUCUGAUGAAGACUCCUUGUGCAACAAACUCUGCACCUUCACCAUCACUCAGAAGGAAUUCAUGAACCAGCACUGGUACCACUGUCACACCUGUAAGAUGGUGGAUGGGGUAGGUGUGUGCACAGUGUGCGCCAAGGUCUGUCACAAAGACCAUGAGAUCUCCUAUGCCAAAUAUGGCUCUUUCUUCUGUGACUGCGGUGCCAAAGAGGAUGGCAGCUGCCAGGCCUUGGUCAAACGCAGCCCCAGCAGUGGCAUGGGCUCCACUCUCAAAGAGUCUUCUGCGUUCCAGAGUGAACUGCGUAUGCCGGAGAGUGCUAUCCGCCACCAGAAUGCCUCACCCUCCGACAAGGGCAAGGUCACGAUCUGCGACGGCAAACCUGGUGAUGAGGACAGACCUAAAAAGAGCAGUGUGUGCAAAAGCGUUGAGGGCUGUCAGGAAGAGUUGCUAGCACAAGUGAUUGGAUCAUCCACUGCAGCAGCCAUACUGGAGAUGCUCAUGUUUCUCAUGGAAGCCAUCCAGACCAACUUCCAGCAGGCAUCAGCAGUGGGAAGCAGCAGCCGGGCUCAGCAAGCCCUCAAUGAACUACACACUCAAGACAAAAACGUCGAGAUGACAGACCAGUUAAUGGUGCCCACACUCGGCUCUCAGGAGGGGGCUUUUGAGAAUGUGAGGAUGAACUACAGUGGUGACCAGGGGCAAACAAUACGGCAGCUCAUCAGUGCACAUGUCCUGCGGCGUGUUGCCAUGUGUGUCUUAUCUUCCCCCCAUGGCCGGCGCCAGCACCUUGCAGUCAGCCAUGAAAAAGGAAAGAUAACAGUUCUGCAGUUGUCCACUCUCCUGAAGCAAGCUGACUCGAGCAAGAGGAAGCUAACACUGACCCGUCUGGCCUCUGCCCCAGUCCCUUUCACUGUCCUCAGUCUGACAGGCAAUCCUUGUAAUGAAGAUUAUUUGGCUGUGUGCGGCCUCAAGGACUGCCAUGUGCUAACUUUCAGCAGCACAGGGUCUGUGUCAGACCAUCUGGUUUUGCACCCACAACUGGCUACUGGCAACUUCAUCAUUAAAGCUGUCUGGUUACCAGGCUCACAGACUGAACUUGCCAUCAUCACUGCUGACUUUGUAAAGAUAUACGACUUGUCAGUAGAUGCCCUGAGUCCAAUGUACUACUUCCUGCUUCCAAGUUCCAAGAUCCGUGAUGCUACAUUCCUUUUCAAUGAGGAAGGGAAGAACAUUAUCGUCAUUAUGUCUUCAGCAGGUUAUAUGUACACACAGAUCAUGGACGAAUCAAGCAGUGCCCAACACGGGCCUUUCUACGUCACAAAUGUUUUGGAGAUAAACCACGAAGACUUGAAGGAUAGCAACGGGCAGGUCGCUGGGGGUGGUGUGUCAGUCUACUACUCUCAUGUGCUUCAGAUGCUUUUCUUCAGCUACAGUCAGGGAAAGUCCUUUGCUGCCACAGUGAGCCGGAGCACAUCCGAGGUGCAGAGGCUUUUCACCAUCAACGUCAAAGGCUCUAACGGCGGUAGCAGUAAGAUGUCACCGGCUCUGUGCCAAUGGUCCGAGGUCAUGAACCACCCGGGUCUGGUGUGCUGUGUGCAGCAGACGACAGGCAUCCCGCUGGUGAUCAUGGUCAAACCUGACACUUUCCUCAUCCAAGAGAUCAAAACUCUGCCAGCCAAAGCUAAGAUUCAAGACAUGGUAGCUAUUCGGCACACAGCCAGUAACGAGCAGCAGCGCACUACCAUGAUCCUUCUCUGUGAAGAUGGAAGCCUGCGAAUCUACAUGGCCAAUGUGGACAACACCUCUUACUGGCUCCAGCCCUCACUGCAGCCCAGCUGUGGCAUCAGUAUUAUGAAGCCAGUCCGCAAGCGCAAAGCAGCUGCUACCACCACCCGGACUUCCAGUCAGGUGACAUUUCCAGUGGACUUCUUUGAACACAACCAGCAGCUGACAGAGGUGGAGUUUGGGGGCAAUGACUUGCUGCAGGUCUACAAUGGACAGCAGAUCAAACACAGGCUCAACUCCACUGGGAUGUAUGUGGCCAACACAAAGCCUGGGGGAUUCACAGUGGAAGCUGUCAACAACAACAGUUCAAUGGUGAUGACGGGCAUGCGGGUGCAAGUGGGCACUCAGGCCAUUGAGAGGGCUCCUUCCUAUGCGGAGGUCUUUGGCCGCACCAUGCAGAUAAACCUGACAAGAGCCCGAUGGUUUGACUUCCCCUUCACUAGAGAGGAGGCCCUGCAGGCGGACAAGAAGCUGUCCAUCUUUAUUGGGGCGUCUGUUGACCCAGCUGGAGUCACAAUGCUUGAUUCAAUCAAGAUCUAUGGUAAAACCAAGGAGCAGUUUGGCUGGCCUGAGGAUCCACCAGAGGACUUUUCCUCUGCUUCGGUUAACAAUGUCUGCAGCCCGAACCUCAACCAAGGCAAUGGUGCUUCUGAUGGAGACAUAGCCACCCCAACUACCACUAGCGGCAGUGUACUAGAGAGGUUGGUGGUCAGUUCCCUAGAGUCUUUGGAAAGUUGCUUUGCAGUAGGUUCCUCCAGUGAAAAGGAGAAGAAUAAGGCUGCAGCUUUGGAGUUAGCCACUCUACUACUGUCCAUGCCGACCCCUGCAGGUGUGCAGCAGCAGACCAAGGGACUUCUUGCCAGCCUGCACACCAGUCGAACUGCUUACCACAACCACAAGGACCAGUCCUUGUUGAGUAACGCAGUGCAAUGCCUAAAUGGCUGCAGUCGUGAGGGGAGGGAGCUCGACCCUGAUGUUUUCCAGAGGCUUGUAAUCACGGCCCGCUCCAUUGCAAUCAUGAGACCCAACAACUUGGUGCAUUUCACAGAAACAAAGUCAUUACACCAUGACUCUGAAAUGACUGAAGAUGGACAAAAACGUGUGGAUGGUGAAAGCUGUAAUUUCAUCACGCAGCUCAUGAAUAAUUUCUGGAAGCUUCAUGCCCUCAAACCAAAGAACGCCUUCCUUGCCCCUGCUUGCCUGCCUGGCCUCACUCAUGUGGAAGCAACAGUAAAUGCCUUGGUGGACAUCAUCCAUGCGUACUGUGCAUGUGAAUUGGAUUACAUCAAUGUUGCCUCCAAAAUCUACAUGCAGAUGUUACUAUGUCCUGACACCGCUGUCAGCUUUGCUUGUAAGCAGGCUCUGAUCCGAGUUCUUAGACCAAGAAAUAAACGGCGACAUGUGACCCUCCCGUCUCCCCCACGCUCCAACACACCCAUGGGAGACAAGGAUGAUGAUGACGAUGAUGAUGCAGAUGACAAAAUGCAGUCAUCAGUGCUGACCGGAGGAGAAGAAAGUAGACAGGAGAGUCAGGAGCAGAAUGAAGUGGACCACGGUGACUUUGAGAUGGUGUCUGAGUCCAUGGUCCUGGAUACAGCAGAGAAUGUCAAUAAUGGAAAUCCGUCUCCCCUUGAGGCUCUGCUGGCUGGAGCCGAGGGUUUCCCCCCCAUGCUGGACAUCCCACCUGAUGCGGAUGAUGAAACUAUGGUCGAGCUCGCCAUCGCUCUCAGCCUUCAGCAGGAUCAACAAGGCAGUAGCAGCAGUGCCCUCGGCCUACAGAGCCUUGGCCUGUCUGGCCAGGCUCCAAGCUCCUCUUCACUUGAUGCUGGCACUCUUUCAGACACCACAGCAUCAGCCCCGGCGUCAGAUGACGAGGGCAGCACAGCUGCUACUGAUGGUUCCACGUUGCGGACAUCCCCAGCGGAGCACGGAGGCAGUGUGGGCUCAGAGAGUGGAGGGUCUGCAAUAGACUCUGUUGCAGGGGAGCACAGUGUGUCAGGACGCAGCAGUGCAUAUGGUGACACGACGGUGGAGGGCCAUCCUGCCGGUCCAGGCAGUGUGAGUUCCAGCACUGGAGCCAUCAGUACCACCACAGCCCAGCAGGAAGGCGAAGGCUCGGAGGGAGAAGGGGAAACAGAGGGAGACAUUCACACAAGCAACAGGCUGCACAUGGUUCGUCUUAUGCUCCUGGAGCGCUUGCUUCAGCACCUUUCUCAGCUCCACAAUGUAGGUGGAGUCCAAGCCAUUCCUUACAUGCAGGUAAUCCUCAUGUUGACCUCUGACCUGGAUGGCGAGGAUGAAAAGGAUAAGGGCGCCUUGGAUGACCUGCUUGCACAGCUCAUUGCCGAGCUUGGCAUGCACAAGAAGGAUGUGUCCAAGAAGAAUGAGCGUAGUUCCAUCAAUGAAGUUCACCUGGUCAUCAUGAGACUGCUCAGCGUCUUUAUGUCUCGAACCAAGUCUGGAUCUAAAUCUUCGUCUGAGUCAUCCUCCCUGAUUUCCAACGCCACAGCGACUGCCUUGCUUAGCCUGGGUGCCAUUGACUACUGUCUCCAUGUGCUCAAGUCGCUCCUGGAGUUUUGGAAGAGCCAACAGGGCGAAGAGGAGCCUGUGACCACCAGCCAGCUCCUCCGUCCACACACGGCCUCCUCUCCUCCAGACAUGAGUCCUUUCUUCCUACGCCAAUAUGUCAAGGGUCAUGCUGCUGAUGUAUUUGAAGCCUACUCUCAACUGUUGACGGAAAUGGUGCUGCGGCUGCCAUAUCAGAUCAAGAAGAUUGCGGACACCAACCCUCGUAUCCCUCCUCCUGUCUUUGACCACUCCUGGUUCUACUAUCUGUCCGAAUAUCUGAUGAUCCAGCAGACUCCAUUUGUCAGGAGGCAAGUUAGAAAGCUGUUGCUAUUUAUUUGUGGCUCCAAGGAAAAGUAUCGUCAGCUGCGAGACCUGCACACUCUUGACUCCCAUGUGCGCAGCAUCAAGAAGCUUCUGGAGGAACAGGGCAUCUUCCUUCGGGCCGGUGUGGUCACAGCCACAUCUGGCUCAGCUCUGCAGUACGACACUCUAAUCAGUCUGAUGGAACAUCUGAAAGCUUGCGCUGAAAUUGCCACUCAGAGGACAAUCAACUGGCAGAAAUUCUGCAUGAAGGACGACUCUGUGUUGUACUUCCUGCUCCAGGUUAGCUUCCUUGUGGAUGAGGGCGUUUCCCCAGUAUUGCUGCAACUGCUCUCAUGUGCCCUGUGUGGCAGUAAGGUGUUGGCAAACUCCUCCUCUUCAUCAUUCUCUGGAGGCUCCAGUAGUGCUGGACAGACAGGAGGUUCUCAGUCCUCUCAGAGCAAGUCCUCCAGUAAAAAGAGCAAAAAAGAAGACAAGGAGAAAGACAAAGAGGGUGAUGGUGUUGGCAGCCAGGAGGAUCAGCUGUGUAUGGGUCUAGUCAGUCAGCUCAACAAGUUUGCAGACAAGGAGACACUCAUCCAGUUUCUGCGCUGCUUUCUGUUAGAGUCAAACUCAUCUGCUGUGCGCUGGCAAGCACACUGCCUGGCUCUUCACAUCUACAGGAAUUCCAAUAAAUCUCAGCAAGAGCUUCUGCUGGAACUGACCUGGGCCAUCUGGCCUGAGCUCCCUGCAUAUGGCCGGAAAGCUGCCCAGUUUGUCGACCUGCUUGGAUACUUCUCACUCAAAACUCCUCAGACAGAGAAAAAGCUAAAGGAAUAUUCCCAAAAAGCUGUGGAAAUUCUGAGGGCACAGAACCAUAUCCUGACAAAUCACCCCAACUCCAACAUCUACAACACUCUGUCAGGUUUAGUGGAGUUUGAUGGUUUUUUCCUGGAGAGUGACCCCUGCUUGGUAUGCAACAAUCCAGAGGUUCCCUUCUCGAAUAUAAAACUGUCAUCGAUCAAAGUGGACACCCGCUACACCACCACACAGCAAGUCGUCAAGCUCAUUGGUAGCCACACCAUCAGCAAAGUCACCGUGAAGAUAGGUGACCUCAAACGCACCAAAAUGGUCCGCACAAUCAAUCUGUACUACAACAACCGGACAGUACAGGCUAUCGUAGAGCUGAAGAACAAGCCUGCUCGAUGGCACAAAGCCAAGAAGGUUCAACUGACACCGGGACAAACCGAGGUGAAGAUCGACCUUCCCUUACCCAUUGUUGCUUCCAACCUGAUGAUUGAGUUCUCUGACUUUUACGAGAACUACCAGGCCUCCACUGAGACCCUGCAGUGUCCCCGCUGCAGUGCUUCUGUGCCCGCCAACCCCGGGGUGUGUGGCAACUGCGGUGAGAAUGUGUAUCAGUGCCACAAGUGCAGGUCCAUCAACUACGAUGAAAAAGACCCCUUCCUGUGCAAUGCCUGUGGUUUCUGCAAAUAUGCCCGAUUUGACUUCAUGCUUUACGCUAAGCCAUGCUGUGCUGUGGAUCCCAUCGAGAAUGAGGAAGACAGGAAGAAGGCUGUAACCAACAUCAACACACUGCUGGACAAAGCUGACAGGGUCUACCACCAGCUGAUGGGACACCGACCCCAGUUAGAAAGCCUCCUGUCUAAAGUCAAUGAGGCAGCACCAGAAAAGCCACAGGAUGACACAGGAGCAGGUGCAGGACUUGGUGCAUCCUCUGCUAAUGUGAACCGGUACAUUCAGCAGCUGGCUCAAGAGUACAGCGGUGACUGCAAGACAUCAUUUGAUGAACUCUCCAAGAUCAUACAGAAAGUGCUUGCAUCUCGCAAAGAGCUCCUGGAGUACGAUCUGCAGCAAAGAGAGGCUGCCACCAAGUCAUCUCGAAGCAGUAGCAGCCACCAGCCCACCUUCACCGCCAGUCAGUACCGUGCCCUCUCUGUGCUGGGCUGCGGCCACACGUCCUCGACCAAGUGCUAUGGCUGUGCCUCAGCUGUCACAGGUCACUGUAUCACACUGCUCCGUGCUCUGGCCACUAACCCAGCCCUCCGGCAGAUCCUGGUCCUCCAGGGGCUCAUCCGGGAGCUUUUUGAGUACAACCUGCGACGUGGUACAGCAGCCAUGAGGGAGGAGGUGCGCCAGCUGGUCUGUCUCCUCACCAGAGAUCAUCCAGAAGCCACUCAACAGAUGAAUGACCUCAUCAUUGCUAAGGUGUCAGCAGCCCUUAAAGGGCACUGGGCGAAUCCUGACCUGGUUAGCAAUCUGCAGUAUGAGAUGCUGCUGCUGACGGACUCAAUUUCCAAAGAGGGAGGAUGCUGGGAGUUGCGGUUACGUUGUGCUCUUAGUCUGUUCCUCAUGUCGGUGAAUAUAAAGACGCCUGUUGUGGUGGAGAACAUCACCCUCAUGUGUCUGAGAAUCCUGCAAAAGCUGAUCAAGCCCCCUGCCCCCACUAGCAAGAAGAACAAGGAUGCUGCUACUGAGUCCCUGACCACAGUCAGGCCCUACAGUAAUGAAAUCCAUGCACAGGCCCAACUCUGGCUCAAGAAGGACCCCAAAGCAUCUUAUGAGGCCUGGAAAAAAUGCCUCCCAGCAAGAUGCCAGGAGACUGUGUCAAAACCUCAGGGCAAGUCUGAAUUGCGGAAGCAAUAUCUUCUUGAGAAGUAUGUGUGGAAAUGGAAGCAAUUUAUGAGGUCAAGAAAAGGUGAAGGCCUUUUCCCUCGCCUGCUCAAACUGAGUCACAACAACUGGCUGCGACAGGUCCUUUUCACACCUGCCACUCAGGCAGCGAGACAGGCUGCUUGCACUAUUGUGGAGGCUCUUACAACAAUCCCCAGUCGCAAGCAGCAGGUCUUGGAUCUGCUCACCAGUUAUCUGGAUGAGCUGAGUGUAGCUGGAGAGUGUGCAGUGGAGUAUCUGGGUCUGUACCAGAAGCUGAUCAAACCGACACAUUGGAAGGUCUACCUGGCUGCCCGCGGAGUCCUGCCCUACAUCGGUAACCUGAUCACCAAGGAAAUAGCCAAUCUGCUUUCUCUGGAGGAGGCUACACUGAGCACAGACUUGCAACAAGGCUACGCCCUCAAGAGCUUGACUGGAUUGCUCUCAUCUUUCGUGGAGGUGGAAUCCAUUAAGCGACAUUUUAAAAGUAGAUUGGUCGGCACAGUGCUUAACGGUUAUCUGUGCCUGAGAAAGCUGGUGGUGCAGCGCACCAAACUCAUCGAUGAGACUCAGGACAUGCUGCUUGAGAUGCUGGAGGACAUGACGACAGGUACCGAAUCUGAAACCAAAGCCUUCAUGGCAGUGUGCAUAGAGACUGCAAAACGAUACAACCUGGAUGACUACAGGACACCUGUGUUCAUUUUUGAGAGGCUGUGCAGCAUCAUCUAUCCAGAGGAGAAUGAGGUGACAGAGUUCUUUGUGACCCUUGAGAAGGAUCCUCAGCAGGAGGACUUCCUGCAGGGCCGCAUGCCAGGAAACCCCUACAGCAGCAACGAGCCUGGCAUCGGCCCACUCAUGAGGGACAUCAAGAACAAGAUCUGUCAAGACUGCGACCUGGUGGCACUUCUUGAAGAUGACAGUGGCAUGGAGCUUCUGGUAAACAACAAAAUCAUCAGCUUGGAUCUGUCAGUGGCUGAGGUCUACAAGAAGGUGUGGUGCCCUACGAACGAGGGAGAACCAAUGAGAAUCAUCUAUCGAAUGAGAGGCCUGCUGGGAGAUGCAACUGAGGAGUUCAUUGAAUCACUGGACUCAACCACAGAUGAGGAGGAGGAUGAUGAGGAAGUGUACAAGAUGGCAGGAGUGAUGGCCCAGUGUGGAGGACUGGAGUGUAUGCUCAACCGGCUGUCUGGAAUCAAAGAUUUCAAACAAGGAAGGCAUCUGCUCACUGUUUUACUGAAGCUGUUCAGUUAUUGUGUGAAGGUGAAGAUCAACAGGCAGCAGUUGGUCAAACCAGAAAUGAACACGCUCAAUGUCAUGCUGGGAACUCUGAACCUGGCUCUAGUGGCAGAACAAGAGAGUAAGGACAGUGGUGGAGCCUCCAUAGCAGAGCAAGUCCUGAGCAUCAUGGAAAUCAUUCUGGAUGAAGCCAACGCAGAGAUUUCUGAGGACAAGGGUAACCUGCUGCUGACAGGAGACAAAGAUCAGCUGGUCAUGUUAUUAGACCAGAUCAACACCCCGUUUGUGCGCUCCAACCCCAGCGUGCUGCAGGGUCUGCUGCGCAUCAUCCCAUAUCUGUCCUUCGGUGAACUGGAGAAGAUGAGGAUCCUGGUGGAACGCUUCAAACCGUGUUGCAGCUUUGACAAGUAUGACGAGGAACAUAGCGCAGACGACAAAGUGUUUCUGGAUUGCUUCUGUAAAAUCGCUGCUGGUAUCAAAAACAACAGCAACGGCCAUCAGCUGAAAGAUCUUAUUCUUCAAAAGGGAAUCACACAGAGUGCUCUGGACUACAUGAAGAAACAUAUCCCAAAUGCCAAAAAUCUGGAUGCAGAUGUCUGGAAGAAGUUCCUCUCCAGACCAGCUUUACCCUUCAUUCUCAGAUUGCUUCGUGGUUUGGCUACACAACACCCCCCCACACAGGUGCUGAUAGGCACAGAUUCAAUCACCAACUUGCACAAGCUGGAGCAGGUAUCCAGUGAUGAAGGCAUUGGCACACUGGCGGAGAACCUUCUGGAGGCGCUGAGGGAGCACAGUGACGUCAACCUGAAGAUUGAAGCAGCCCGCAGGGAGACCAGAUCUGAGAAGAAGCGUAUGGCGAUGGCCAUGAGGCAAAAGGCCCUGGGAACACUGGGCAUGACGACCAAUGAGAAGGGUCAGGUGGUGACCAAGACCUCACUGUUGAAGCAAAUGGAGGAGUUGAUAGAAGAGCCAGGCUUAACCUGCUGUAUCUGUAGAGAAGGCUACAAGUUCCAGCCAACCAAAGUCCUGGGUAUUUACACUUUCACAAAGCGUGUGGCCUUGGAGGACUUCGAAAACAAGCCUCGCAAGCAGCAGGGCUACAGCACUGUGUCGCACUUUAACAUAGUUCACUAUGACUGCCAUCUGGCUGCUGUCAGGCUGGCACGAGGGCGAGAGGAGUGGGAGAGUGCUGCUCUCCAGAACGCCAACACCAAGUGCAAUGGGCUGCUUCCUGUUUGGGGGCCACAUGUUCCAGAAUCAGCCUUUGCUACAUGCUUAGCAAGGCACAACACAUAUCUGCAGGAGUGCACAGGCCAGCGGGAGCCCACGUACCAACUCAACAUCCACGACACCAAACUGCUGUUCCUCCGCUUUGCCACUGAACAAUCGUUCAGCGUGGACACAGGAGGAGGAGGCCGAGAGAGCAACAUCCACCUCAUCCCCUACAUCAUCCACACUGUGCUCUACGUCCUCAACACUACAAGGGCUACGUCUCGGGAGGAGAAGAAUCUGCAGAGUUUCCAGGAGCAGCCAUGUGAGAAAUGGGUGGAGAGCUCAUACGAUGUUGAAGGACCACACUAUUUCACCAUCUUGGCUAUGCACAUCAUGCCACCCGAACGCUGGAGGAGUUCACGUAUAUACUUCCUACGGAGACUCCUGGUAGCCGCACAUGCCCGCAAGGUCUCAGCAGUCUGCGCCAACAAACUCACAGACAAAGCACCAAAGGAAUAUGCAGUCUAUCGCUCGCCUCUACUCUUCUGGGGCCUGGUGGAUCUGGUCUAUGACAUGUUCAUGAAAGUACCCACCAGUAACACAGAGGGGGGCUGGUCCUUCUCGCUGGCAGAAUAUGUCCGUCACAACGACAUGCCCAUCUAUGAGGCGUCAGAGCGCGUGCUCAGGGCCUUCCAGGACGAACUCAUGCCCGCUGAGUCCUUGUCUGAGUUCUUUGAUGUUGUAGGUCUCCUCUCUGAAAUCGCAGACCCAGACAUCUUUCUGCGGGAUUUGUUGAACUCUUUGCCCUGAUGGCAAACAUACACCCACACCCCCGGCAACACACAACAGCUCUGCAAAUCACAUCGAGACACCUACCAACAAAAAAAACCUUCUCUUUUUACAGACUGACACACAUGCAGAGUACACACACACACACACACACACACACACACACACACACACACACACACACACACAGUAAACGUCAAGCUUCCUGCUCACCCCCCUCCCCCACACGACAUCUUCAAUUUAACUUAAAGCUGAAUCUAUGUGUAGUCUAAAAAAAUACACUUCUGGCAAAAGUCUCUAAUGUUUAAAACACAAACACCUGUGUACUGGGGCGGGACGCACACACACUAAAACUGAAUUUUACGUGUUGCCCUUCUGACUCAAAAGUUGAGGAUGUAACUUAGUUUCUCUCUGAGCUCGAGACAAGAGAUCAAUGAAUCUGCUGAUUAUUAAACCAGGUAUGUUUAUCGACUGUUGCUGCCAAAAAAAUGAAGCUUCACCGUUGCUCAAUUUUUUUGUUCAGGACAUCACCGAUCGUCACAGAAUGGCGAUCUUAGAGAAUCUGGUGAUUCAUAUUUAAAAUAAAAAAUCAUCCGGGUCACGGGCAUAACUCAAAAGUUCUGUUUUAGUAUGGACGUCGAUUUACCGCUCCUCCUAAUAUUGGGGUGCAAUGUUAAGAUUACUAAAAAUGUUUUGGGAUUUGACCCACCACGUAUUACGAGUGGCAUUUGAUUUUAUCUUGUUUUCUUUUUUAUUUGUUUGGUUUUUGUUUGUUGUUGGUCAGGGUUUUUUUAAAUGGAAGGUUUCAGUGUCACAUGGUUUUGAGCAGAACUUGUUCCUCUCUUCCAGGCUUUUGCUGUUUGGUCUUCAUAUAGGUUCUAACUGGAGUUUGAGUGAUGCAAAGAAAAAAAUGUUUUUUUUGUUUUUGUGUGUGUAUGGAUUUCUUUUAUCAAUCUCAGAAGCGAAAUGAAGAAAAGAACGAUGAAUCAAAGUUUUUUAGUUUUUUUUCCAUGAAGCUUGGUGUCAAAGUGAAUUUUGGACAUGUUGAAAGAUUCCAUCUGUUGCAGUGAAAUAUCAGACCUGUCUAAAUUAAUAAUAAAACAGACCUACAUUAUAUCCUUUAACCUUUUUCUUUGACUUAUUGUUUUUUCGUUUGGUUUUUCUUCCUCCCCCAGCAGCAGUUUCUCUUCUCUGCUCACUUUCCCAGAAAUCAUUGGUAACACACUUGUGUCAAUUCCCAAAACAGAUUUCUUAAAAGCAAAGAUCGGCUGAGUUUUAUCCUCAGUUACUGAUCAACUUGAACAGACAUUUGAAAAGGUGUCCUUGUACUCGAGUUGUAUGCGUGAUGUAGAGUUCACCCGGUUUCUUGUUAAUUCGCAUAUUCCUGCUGUUACAAUGUUCAACUGUUGCUGAAUGUCUGCUUUUUGAAUUUAGCAUAAGAUUAAUAAAGCUGUAAUAAUUCC